AUGUCUUUUCCGCCUAUUCGAUUCGCUCCUUUCCAAUUGUCGAGCGCACCUUCAUCAAGUCAAGCAAACACGCAACAACCUGCCCGGCAGCCACAGACGCCAGCGACGUCCGGUACAUCUGCAAAUUCCAACACAUCGGAAGACUCUACAUCAAAUACGGCCAGUUCAGAUACGACAGACUCGCAGAAUGCGAAGUGA